GGCAAACAUUUUCUCCUUUAAUGUCUUGUGUCUUCAACCAACACAAGAAGCUUGAAGGAGAGUGUACAGACGCUUAUCCUAGAGAGGAAACUUCAGAAGACAUCAGAAACCAAAAUCUCUUGUCUCAAGCAAUGAGCAUGCACAAGCAGUCAGAGAACAUCGAUGACCCUCUGCGCUUGUCUGCUGUGCUGGAAAUGUUUAAGAAGCUUAAGUUACAAGAAUGGAGGAAGUGCUGGAACAGCUCAGCCCGUUGGUCCUAUCGAACUGCCAGCAUGAUAAUUCAGAAGCUGUUUGAUGCCUGCGAGAGAGAUACUGAGAUGAGAAAAACUACCAUACUCCAAACCCUUGGCUUUCCACCUUUGGAUUAUGCUGCAAACAGCUACAUACAACACGCUAACGUUCCUCUGAGAAAUGCGGAUCAAGAGCAAUUUGCAAAGACCUGCUGCAGAGUUUUCUGUCUGCUGCUUCUUCAGGACUCACCAGUUAAGGCUGUGUGGGACAUACGUGACUGCUCUCUGCAACAUGUAGAGCUCGCGGACCAGCAAGGCAUAAAGUACUUUAAAAAAUCAGAGCUUCAGAUCCUAUGGCCCUUACUGACGGAUGGGAAAAUUGUCAUUGAGAGAGGUGUAGUGUGGAAUGAAAAGUAACAAGGCUCUAAUGUCAAGCUUAUACUUAGAUGACCAUGAGAAGAUGAAAUAGCUGUUGUGCAAUUUGUUGCUUUUCUUUCUCCUAUGAGCAGCCUGCUUCUCAUAUCUAGUUAAAUCUUUCUGGCUUGGGACACCAAGAAUAAACUAUUAUUGACAAAGAACCUA